CCCAUGAUGCAGUUCGAGGUAGGAGUCGUCCCGUACACGUGCUGCUGCUGCAUAGCAAGCAUGAAGUGAAGUGUUAUUAAUUCCUGGAUGCAUUUUGCGGCUGUUUUCUGCCUGCGUGUUUUCCCACCAUGGAGUCGGAGCAGGACGCCGCGCUGCUGCGUUUAAUCCAGCAGCACCUGCAGCUGAGCGGCUACCGAGAGGCCGCCGAGCUGCUGGGGCCACACGUCACUCAGGUGGAGAUGCCAGUGGAAAACUUAAACCUUCAGGACAUCUACACUGGAUGGAUGAAGCUUUGCUCUCUGGCUCAACGCGCCAAGCAGCCAGAAAUCGGCUUGAAGACGGGAACCACGAAGCAGGACGAGGCUGCGGGCGUCGAGCUCGACGCAGGAGAGAAGGAAUCAGACGACAGAACCUUGACUGAAUGUGAGAUGGAGGUCGCCGCGCCGUCGACUGCAAGGACAAAACCGGAGGACGAUUCUGAAGGCCGGAACGCCGCUGAUGAAACCCAGCCUGGGAAAUCGGACGGUGAGGAGGAGGAAGAACAGGAAGAGGAGGAAGAACAGGAAGAGGAGGAAACAAGGAGAGAAACAGAGCCGGUUCCAGCUGAAGGGAGAAGCUGCGUCUCCUACAGUUCUGACGGGACAUCUGGACCCGCUCAGGGCGACCCCGACCCGACCCGACGAACCAGAAGCUGUGAGAGUGAUGAAGACGAGCAGCAAGGAGGUGAUGAAGAGGAGGAGCAGGAGCUUCAAGCUGCCAGAACCAGAAACUCCCCUGAAGUCACAGAGGAAACUCCAGAACCGAUCGAUUCUGCUCAAGGAGCCGCAGCCCGCUCCACUGAGGAAGAGGAGGAGGAGGAAGAAGAGGAGGACGCAGCUGCAGAGAGACCCGUUCAGGCCGGGUCCGUCUCCGUUGACAACGGCUCCGGAGAGGCUCCGCCCCCUCCAGAUGCAGAUUUGAAAAAUUCACCAGAGAUGAAAAUUGAGUGGACCGAAGACGAAGAGACGAAGCCAGAAGACGAGCCGAAGCCGGAGACACAGGACCAAAACGGUGCUGAUCCACCAGCUGAAGAAGAAGAAGCUGCAGAAGAUGAAGACGACUGCAUCAUUGUCAAAAUCAAGAAGGACAGCAACCAAUCAGCCAAUCAGGAACCAGCAGUGAUCUGUGGAGACUCCAUCACUCCCAAGAAAAAGAAGAAGAAGAAGAAGUCCAAAAAAAGUUCUGAUGAGAUAUUUCAGGUGGACAUCGCAGAAACACCGACGACUGAUGGAGACGUGCUGACCAGCCACACAAAAAAGAAGAAAAAGAAGAGCAUAAAGAAUAAAGAGGAGGAUAAAACGGAGGCGGGGGAAGAGUCUCAAGUCGUUUCACCAAAAAAGAAAAAAAGAAAAGGAAAAGAGAGAGAGAAGAGAGGGAGGAAAAAAAAGAGGAGGCUGCAUUUCCUUUAG